AUGGAUAAGAAUAAAGGGAGAUUGGGAGAUAUAGACAUAGGAAAAGCACUCCGAAUGCCAGACCUAGAAGAAGCGCAUGCCUAUUUAAAAAACAUAAGUUUAAAGGGAUAUAUGAAUAACGUAGCCAAGUUUGAUACUGUAUGGGCUCAAGAGCACAGUCGAGAUAACUAUGAGAGAAUAAAAAUCAAACUUAUGCCUUGGAAGGAAGAUAACCCAGUCGUAAAAAACAGCUGUGUCUGGUUAAAUUCCGCUUUAAGUGGUAAAACGAAAAGAGUGAAAACUUUAGUAAUCGUGAGUAAUACGAAAAUGGGGAAAACAGAAUUCAUAAACGAUUUACUAAAAAAUUUAAGAGUAGAUGAAUUCCGAGGCAGAUUUAUGAUGGAUGGUCAUAAUGAAAGCUUAAAAUAUGACAUCAGAUUAUUUGACGAUGCUAACCUUAAUGACAUCAUUUGGCCAGAAUUUAAAUCGCUUAUAAGUACGAGAGGUGAACAGAUAACCAUCAAUGUGAAAUACUCACAUGCUAGAGUUACUUCCAUACCAACUGUUUUAGUCUUAAAUCCUGGAAGUUGGAACGCUCUUCAACGAACAGCCAAAGAGUUCGAAGACUUCGAUUGGUUGGAGAAAAACACAGUAGUACUCCAAACUAAUGAGAAAUUAUAUAUUGAACCACCACCUAAGGAAGAAUCAGUACAAGAUAAAAGUAAAUAUGAUGGAUUAGAUCCAAAACUAGUUGAAAUGCUAUUGGAGAAUGAAGUUGAAGAAGAUGUUAGUUUAGAUGAUAUGGGAGAUGAUACAAUUGAUGAUUUAAAUGAUAUAAUAGAAGAAUUAGAAGAAGAAAGUAUGCCUCCUCCUGUAGCACUUGAAGAACCAAAGCCAGUAGAAGAAAACAGAGAGAAAAGAAAAUCUUUAAUAUUAUCUCUGUUAAAAGAGAAUGAUACAGCAAUAAUACCACCCAAAGAACCAGAUGUUGAAUUAACUCAACAAGCUAGAGAAUUAGCAAGUAGGUGGUCAGGUGGAAAUUUUAAUUAA